AGCAAGACCGAACGCUCAUCAAACUAGGUCAAGGCUGGCUUGUAAAUCCCAUAACGUAGAAAGCCUGGCCGACAAACCUUGCAGCAACUCGCACCUCGUCAUAAUCGCGUCCCGAAAAUGGCGGACAUCAAGCCCAUUACCUUUUCUGAGCACUUGCAGCUAACCGCUGUUGGUGUUCAACCCGAGGCGAUCGCCCAUGCUACCUGUACUUUGGAAUCGGAUCAUUACAUCUGCAUUCGAGAAAAGGUCAACGACCAGAACCAGGUUGUAAUCGUGGAUCUAGCAGACGCGAACAAUGUCUUGCGAAGACCCAUCACGGCCGAUUCGGCUAUCAUGCAUCCUUCUCAAAAGAUCAUCGCGCUGAAGUCCGGCCGAACACUUCAGACGUUCAACCUCGCCACCAAGCAAAAGUUGUCGUCUUACAUGACCAACGAGGAUGUUGUCUACUGGAAAUGGAUCAACGAAACCCAAAUCGGUCUCGUGAUGGAUCGCAGCGUCGCUCACUGGGACGCCAUGGGAGGUGGUUCAGCUCCUACCAAGGUCUUUGACCGACAUGCUACCCUUGAAGGAGCACAAAUCAUCAACUACCGAGCAUCUGGUGAUGGUCAAUGGCUCGUCUUGGUUGGAAUUCUUCCCGACAAUAACCCAGGUGCAUUCCGAAUCAAGGGAGCUAUGCAGCUUUACUCGGUCGCCCGAGGUGUCUCACAACCUAUCGAAGGUCAUGCCGCGGCGUUCUCUACCAUCAGGCUGGAGAACGCUCCUGAGGACACGAGUUUAUUCUCAUUCGCAGUGCGAACUGCGACUGGCGCCAAGCUUCACAUCGUGGAGAUCGAUCACAACGCUGCGAACCCAGUCUUUCAGAAAAAGGCAACUGACGUCUUCUUCCCCGCCGAAGCCGUCAACGACUUCCCCGUGGCUAUGCAGAUUUCCAAGCGACACGGAAUCAUCUACCUCGUCACGAAGUACGGUUUCAUCCACCUGUACGAUCUAGAGACUGGCAAGUGCCUGUACAUGAACCGAAUCUCUGGCGACACCAUAUUCGCCACCGCCGAGUACGAGUUGACUGGAGGUAUCAUUGGAGUCAACAAGAAGGGUCAAGUCCUUAGCGUCAGCUUGGACGAAGGCAACGUCGUCCCUUACAUCAUGAACCAAUUGAAGGACGGAAACCUCGCCAUUCGUCUAGCUUCCAGGGCCAACCUGCCAGGAGCCGAUGAGCUCUUUGUUCAGCAAUUCCAGAACCUCUUCCAGCAAGGUCAAUAUAGCGAAGCUGCCAAGAUCGCAGCCAAUUCCCCUCGAGGCAUCUUGCGAACGCCCGAAACUAUCGAACGCUUCAAGCAGGUACCUGUCGCCCCUGGUACUGUCUCGCCUAUUCUGCAAUAUUUCGGAAUCUUGCUCAAUGGUGGAGACCUCAACAAGCACGAGACCUUAGAGUUGGCCAAGCCUGUCUUGCUGCAAGGCAAGAAGGACUUGCUUGAACGAUGGCUCAAGGAGAACAAGCUCAAUUGCAGUGAGGAACUCGGAGACUUGGUCAAGCAAAACGGGGACAACAACCUUGCACUCUCGAUCUACCUUCGCGCUCAUGUUCCCAACAAGGUCGUCGCCUGCUUCGCCGAGGCCGGUCAGUUCGACAAGAUCCUGCUGUACUCCAAAAAGGUGGAUUACCAGCCCGAUUGGGCGGUCCUCCUUCGGCACAUCGUCAGGGUCAACCCAGACAAAUCGGCCGAGCUGGCUCAACAGCUCGUCAGCGAUCCCUCUGGACCUCUUGUUGACGUCAAUGCCGUCGUCGACAUCUUCAUGUCGCAGAACCUCAUCCAGCAGACCACUUCGUUCUUGUUGGAAGCGCUUAAGGAGAACAAGCCCGAGCAAGGUGGUUUACAGACUCGUCUGCUCGAAAUGAACUUGAUGCACGCUCCCCAGGUGGCGGACGCUAUCCUCGGAAACGAGAUGUUCACCAACUACGACCGACCUCGUAUCGCCAAUCUCUGUGAGAAGGCUGGUCUGAUGCAACGUGCUUUGGAACAUUACGAAGAUACAGAGGACAUCAAACGUGUUGUCGUGCACAGCAACCUGUUCAACGCUGAUUGGCUUGUCGCUUACUUCGGGAAGCUAACCGUUGAGCAAUCGUUGGCCUGCAUGAACGAGAUGUUGAGGGUCAACAUGAGGCAGAACCUGCAAGUUGUGGUUCAGAUCGCCACCAAGUACUCGGAUCUUCUCGGACCCGUAAAGUUGAUCGAGAUGUUCGAGCAGUACAAGACCUUCGAUGGUCUGUACUACUAUCUGGGUUCCGUCGUUAACCUCAGCGAAGAUCCCGAGGUCAACUUCAAGUACAUCCAGGCCGCCACCCGAACUGGCCAAAUUCGAGAGGUUGAACGGAUCUGCCGCGAGAGCAACCACUACAAUCCGGAGAAGGUCAAGAAUUUCCUCAAGGAAGCCAAGAUGUCGGACCAGUUGCCCCUCAUCAUCGUUUGUGACCGUUUCAACAUGGUUCACGAUCUGGUACUGUACCUUUACCAGAACAACCUGACCAACUUUAUCGAGGUCUACGUUCAACAAGUCAACUCUGCUCGAACCCCUCAGGUUGUUGGAGGAUUGCUCGACGUGGAUUGUGAAGAGACGACCAUUAAAAACCUGCUGAAUUCGGUCACCGGAUCCUUCCCCAUUGACGAACUCGUUGACGAGGUCGAGAAGCGAAACCGCCUCAAGUUGAUCUUGCCCUGGUUGGAAUCGCGAAUUCAACAGGGUCAGACUGAUCCCGCGAUCUACAACGCUGUGGCCAAGAUCGCCAUUGACUCGAACAACAACCCUGAAGCUUUCCUUAAGGAGAACAACAUCUACGAACCCCUCGUUGUCGGAAAGUAUUGCGAGAAGCGCGACCCGUACCUCGCCUACAUUGCCUACGCCAAAGGUCUUUGCGAUGACGAACUCAUCCAGAUCACCAACGAGAACCAGAUGUACAAGCAUCAAGCUCGAUAUCUCGUCAAGAGGCGGGAACUGGAGCUUUGGAACCAGGUCUUGGCUCCGGACAGCAUGCACCGCCGUUCCCUGGUCGAUCAAGUUGUUGCCGUUGCUGUGCCCGAGAGCACCAGUGCGGACGAUGUGUCUGUCACGGUCAAGGCCUUCAUGCAGAACGAUCUGCCUGUUCAGCUUAUCGAGCUCUUGGAGAAGAUUAUCAUCGAGCCUUCUCCUUUCAGCGACAACAAGAGUCUGAAGAACUUGCUCUUCCUGACUGCCAUCCGUUCGGACAAGGGCAAAGUUAUGAGCUACAUCAACAGGUUGGACGGAUAUGAUAUCGAUGAAAUCGCCAGGAUCGCUACUGAAGCUGGUCUGCACGAGGAAGCUUUCACCAUCUUUUCCAAGCACGAGAAGCACGCCGAGGCCAUGAACGUUUUGGUUGACCACGUUGUCAGCAUCGAUCGUGGCUACGCCUACGCCAACAAGAUCAACAAGCCUGAAGUUUGGAGCCGAUUGGCCAAAGCUCAGCUUGAUGGACUUCGAGUCAAGGAGGCCAUUGAUUCGUACAUCAAGGCGGAUGAUCCUUCCAACUUUGAGGAAGUCAUCGAGAUUGCCAACCGGGCCGGCAAGCAUGAAGAUCUAGUGCGAUUCCUGCAGAUGGCGCGGAAGAGUGCUCGGGAGCCCAAGGUCGACACCGAGUUGGCCUACGCUUAUGCCAAAACGGAUCGAUUGCACGACAUGGAGGAGUUCUUGUCGAUGACCAAUGUCGCCGACAUCCUGCAAGUGGGAGAAAAGUGUUUCAAUGACGAGCUGUACCAAGCUGCCAAGCUCUUGUUCACCAGUAUCUCCAAUUGGGCGAGAUUGGCUACGACCCUCAUCUACUUGGGCGAGAACCAGCCUGCUGUGGAUGCUGCCAGGAAGGCUGGAAACACACAGGUGUGGAAGCAAGUCAAUGCCGCUUGUGUUGACAAGCAGGAAUUCCGCUUGGCCCAGAUCUGUGGUCUUCAUUUGAUCGUUCACGCCGAGGAGCUACAAGCGCUGCUUAAGCUGUACGAGAAGAACGGUUACUUCGACGAAUUGAUUUCGCUCUUGGAGUCUGGUCUGGGUUUGGAGCGAGCUCAUAUGGGAAUGUUCACCGAACUGAGCGUGCUCUAUGCCAAAUACCGACCGGAGAAGCUCAUGGAACACUUGAAGCUCUUCUACGGUCGAAUCAACAUCCCUAAGGUCAUCAAGGCCGCUGAGCAGGCCCACCUCUGGCCCGAACUUGUCUUCCUAUACGUCAAAUAUGACGAGUAUGAUAACGCCGCUUUGGCCAUGAUGGAACGUGCUGCUGACGCCUGGGAGCACAACCAGUUCAAGGAGGUUGUAGUCAAGGUGGCCAACGUGGAGAUCUACUACAAGGCCUUGAGCUUCUACUUGCAGCAACAACCGACCUUGAUCACCGACCUGCUUACGGUCCUGGCUUUGCGAAUCGACCACACCCGGGUUGUCAAGAUGUUCUCUAGCGAGGACAACGACAACGUGCCGCUCAUCAAGUCGUACCUAAUCGCUGUCCAACAGCGAAACAUCGAGGCGGUCAACGAUGCUUUUAACGAUCUCCUGAUUGAAGAGGAGGAUUACAAGACUCUCCGGGAUUCAAUCGAUAGCUUUGACAACUUCGACAAUCUCAAGCUGGCGAGACGUUUGGAGAGGCACGACCUGCUGGAGUUCCGCCGGCUGGCAGCUCAUCUAUACAAGAAAAACGCCAAGUGGGAGGAAUCCAUCUCUUUGUCAAAGCAAGACAAGCUUUACAAGGAUGCAAUGGAGACCGCCGCGGUUUCAAAUGAGACCGCGGUGGCCGAGGAGCUCUUGUCAUACUUUGUCGACAUUGGAAACAAGGACUGUUUUGCGGCCAUGCUUUACGUUUGCUUUGACCUGCUGCGACCCGACGUUGUCGCGGAGCUAUCUUGGAGGCACGGACUGAACGACUUUACCUUCCCGUAUACGCUACAAAGUCAGCGAGACCAGCUGAACAAGCUGGUCGCGCUCGAGAAGGAGUUGAAAGAGUUGAAGACCAAGACCGUGACGAAGGAAGAGCAGGAAGACUCGCAGCCUAUGAUGGCCCCCGGCUUCGGAUCAAGGUUGAUGCUGACACAAGGUCAGACGGGUGGUAUGGUCAACGGCGGGAUGAUGAUGAACGGGGGAAUGAUGCCUCAGCCAACAGGGUUUUACUAGGUGCAAGAUCGUCGCGAGUAAAAGGGCUUAGAGGUUAGACGAUAACGACCCCAAUGAGUUUUGAUUUCCCCUGUUUUUCCGGUUUCUGUAUUACGUGAUAUGCAAGUUGUGUCUACCUCGAUCGUGGCUA